GAGUAGUCCACCUGACAACGAUAGAGUAGCCUGCAUACAUAGAUAGAGUAAUACAAUCCAAACCUCGCUGAGAGACGAUAGGCUGUUUUCGCCUGGCAAUAACACGACAUCGGAAUACAUUCUCUCGGCGGACAACACAGGAUGUCGCAUAUAGGGUGCAUUUGAUGAUCCCUUCACUACUACGCUGAAGGAAGGAGUGCCACUCGUACGUGCUGGAAAGCCCUCUCUCUCGGUUGAGCUCCCAGGUGUACCCAGGCCAGGUGUGCUGCUGAGGAACAACCUGCAUGAAGGAGAUGGAGAGAAGGAAAGGAAGGACUGAGAAGUAGACGAAAUCACAUUAGGAGGGAGGUGGUGGCCUACGCAACUUUUUCAUAUACUUGCCACCAAUGCUGUUGUGAAUCUUGAGCAGGAAAGAGAGAGCGAGAACCCAAGACGGAGGCGAAGAGAAAGAGGAGCAUAGGCCCUCUCUGUGGACGAGGGGAGUUACAGGCCAUUUGCAGCACUGGAAGGCGGCACGGUUAGCAAUCCGUGGUGGGUGAGAGGGUGACCACUGAGAGAGAGAGACGGGGACUGACCGAGAGCCCGAGGGGUGGCGGAGGAGGGGGAGGGGGAGGCGACGGCCCAGGAGGACCGGGGAAGCUUAUCUCCCAUGGCGACUGACCCCGGCGAGCCCACGGCCACCGAGGACUCCUCGGAGAAACCUGAUGGAGGGAGGGAGGAGGAGGCGGAGCAGGGGGGCCGCGGGGUGGACGCAUCGGCGGCGGUCGCGGCCGCGGCGGCCCGGGAGCGAGAGCGCACGCGGAGCACCCCCUGCGACUUUCCCUCCUCCCAGACGCAGGAGAGGAGAGCGGGAGGAAGGGCCGCUGGAGGAGGAGAGGAGGACGGAGGAGACGCCGGGGCAGAUGGACCGGAGGCGCCCCGGAAUGCCCGCUCGCUUUCCUUCUCCACGCCCUCCUCCCCAACUGCCCUGCACCACCAGCACGCCCACCACCACCACCACCACCACCACCAGCAGAGCGGCCGGCUGAGGCGCGAGAACAAGCGUUUCUUCCGCAAGAGCGUCGAGAUCUGUGAGGAGGAGGACGAGCCGGAGGAGGCCGCGGCGGCAGCAGCAUCCGCCUCUGCGCCGGACACCCCGCAAAGUGCCCCCCACCUGCAGCUGCGCACCUCGGACUCCGUGUUCACCGCCACCGAUGCCCCCCAGCAGCAGCUUCCCGCCAGCGCCCAUGCGGCCCUUGGAGAGGAGGGUGCUCCCGACGGGGCAUCCCAGGACCCAGACAAGGCUGGCGGAGCAGCCCCGUCCACCCCCACACAACCAAAGGCCAAGGAGCGCGAGGAGCAAGAGGAGGAGGCCGAGAUGAAGGCUGUAGCCACCUCGCCCGGCGGACGCUUCCUGAAAUUCGACAUCGAGCUCGGCCGAGGGGCCUUCAAAACGGUCUACAAAGGCCUGGACACGGAGACCUGGGUGGAAGUGGCCUGGUGUGAACUCCAGGAUCGCAAGUUGACCAAGGCGGAGCAGCAGCGCUUCAAGGAGGAGGCGGAGAUGCUGAAGGGCCUGCAGCACCCCAACAUCGUGCGCUUCUACGAUUCCUGGGAGUCGGUUCUCCGCGGCAAAAAGUGCAUCGUCCUCGUCACCGAGCUCAUGACAUCAGGAACGCUAAAAACCUAUUUGAAGCGCUUUAAGGUGAUGAAGCCCAAGGUGCUGCGCAGCUGGUGCAGGCAGAUCCUGAAGGGCCUCCAUUUCCUGCACACACGCACGCCCCCCAUUGUGCACCGAGACCUCAAGUGCGACAACAUCUUCAUCACCGGGCCAACGGGCUCGGUGAAGAUCGGCGACCUCGGCCUGGCCACGCUCAUGCGCACCUCCUUUGCUAAGAGCGUCAUCGGCACCCCUGAGUUCAUGGCUCCUGAGAUGUAUGAGGAGCACUAUGAUGAGUCAGUGGAUGUCUACGCCUUUGGCAUGUGCAUGCUGGAGAUGGCCACCUCUGAGUAUCCAUACUCCGAGUGCCAGAAUGCUGCUCAAAUCUACCGCAAAGUCACCAGUGGUAUCAAACCAGCCAGUUUUGACAAGGUGAACGACCCAGAGAUUAAGGAAAUCAUCGAGGGCUGCAUUCGGCAGAACAGGACCGAGCGACUCUCUGUCAAGGACCUGCUGAACCACGCGUUCUUCGGUGAGGACACGGGAGUGCGGGUGGAGCUGGCGGAGGAGGACACAGGCUGCCAGGACUGCCUGGCGCUGCGCAUCUGGGUGGAGGAUCCCAAGAAGCUGAAGGGCAAGCACAAGGACAACGAGGCCAUCGAGUUCAGCUACGACCUGGAGAACGACAGCGCCGAGGAAGUGGCACUGGAAAUGGUGAAAUCGGGCUUCUUCCACGAGAGCGACGCCAAAGUGGUGAGCAAGUCCAUCCGCGACCGGGUCACUCUCAUCAAGAAGUCUCGCGAGCGGCGGCAGCAGCAGCAGCUCCUGCAACAACAACAACAGCAGCAGCAGCAGCAGCAACAGCAGCAACAGCCUGGUGUUCUGGAGGAGAGGAGAGACUCCACCUUCACCUCCUCGUCCUACUCCUGCUCCCACCCCUCUUGCCCCUCCUCCAUGGGCCCGGCGGCCGCGGCCAGCGCUGUGGGGGCCACCGGGGGCCACGCCGGGGAGGCAGAGGAGCUGCCAGAGGUGGACCAGCACGUCAGACAGCAGCAGCAGAUCCACAGCACUGCAUCUGGCCUAACAGAGGGGGAGAGCAUCUCUGCAGCAAGCUGUGAGUCCUUUACAAGUGGAACGAACCAAGUCCUGCUCCCACAGGGGGAGUCUGGGAGCCCAUACGCGCCUGCUCAGGCCAGCUACCCAUCGGCCCCAACUGCAGUGCAGAGUGCAGGGGUUCUGUCCCACCCCCAGAUGCUCCCUAUUGGUCAGAGCGGAGGGGAUCCAAACAUGCCUAUUGGCCAGAGUGGUGGAAUGUCUGGCAUGUCCAUUGGCCAAAGUGGUGGUGGGGCUCCAAACAUGCCAGUGGCUCAUAGUUUCAUUCAGCCAGUCACUAUGGCAACACAGGUCUCAUCAAGCGUACUGCAGCAGUAUCCCCAGUCCCUUCAGACAUACCCACCCAAUGUCACCCAAAUGCUUCCCUCUCAAUCCAUGGAGAGCACUACUCCACAUACCUCCAUAGUUCAGUCGCAGUCCUACAUCCCCCCUGUCUCACCCCAGGCCCCUAUGAGCAUACUCACUGCUCCCACGUCAGUUGGAGAUCCCACGGGAUCGGUAGGAGCAUUCCCACUCGCACAGCAAAAUCAGCCCGCACCUUUUCAGCAUGAAGCGCUGCCCCAGCAAACACAGCAAGCCAUAGUUCAGCAGCAACAGCAGGCGGCGUUGGAAGCCCCGACAGCCCUAUUGCAGCACCAGCCGACAAAUGUGAUAACGCAGCCUCAAGCUGUUCUGAUACAGCAACAGAUCGAGCAGACGCCGCAGCAAGGGGCUUCGCUGUCGCAGCCACUGCAUGCUAACGCGGGAAUACCACAGCAGGCUGAAGCACUUCUCAUUCCCCAGCAGGAGCAGCAGCCCAGCCACGGCUCAGCACAGCAGUCCUAUGUGCCACCUCUGCCACAGCAGCAGGUUCUGCCGCAAACAAUGGAGCCACAAACACAGCAAACCUACAUGCAGCCACACCCAGGGUUGCCACAGCAACAACCUGUGUUGCAGCAUACACAACAGCACCAUCCCCAGCAAGCCAUUUUGCAACAGCCAUCAAGUGAACAGCAGCAAUCCAUGAUUUUGCAACAUCAGAUAGAGCAGCAGCAGGUCUUUGUACCACCACAGCCUGAGCCACAAGGGCAGAUACAGCAGCAACCCACCCACCACCAACAGCAAGCUCUGCUACUGCAGCAACAGAUCGAACAGCAGCAUCAGCAGCAGGCCAUGCUACUACAGCAGCAACUUGAGCAACAGCAGCAGCAGCAAAGCUACCUGCAACAGCAACAACACCAACAGCAACAGAUAGAGCAACAACAGCAGCUGCUGCUACAGCAACAAAAGGCUCAGCUGCAGCAACAGAUAGAGCAACCACAGGUUCUGCUUCCACAGCAGAUUGAUCAACAACAGCAAGCUCUUCUACAGCAACAGCAGAUAGAGCAACAGCAAAAGCAGGCCUUAUUACAGCAGCAAAAGGAGCAACAGCAAGCCCUGUUACACCAACAGCAGUUAGAGCAACAGCAACAACAGGCAUUAUUGCAACAAAAGCUGGAACUGGAAAAACAGCAGCAACAGGCGAUGUUGCAACAGCAGCAGCAGCAUCAAAUCGAGCAACAACAGCAGGCUGCUCUGCAACAACAGCUAGAGCAGCAACAGCAACAACAAGCUUUAUUAAAGCAGCAGUUAGAGCAACAGCAGCAGGCUAUGUUACAACAACAGAGGGAACAACACCAACAGCAGCAGUUGGAGCUCCAGCAGCAGCAACAGCAGGCCUUACUGCAGCAGCAAAGAGAACAACAGAUCCAACAGCAAGUCCUGAUGCAGCAGCAGCAGCAGCAGGCUUUAUUCCAACAGCAAAAGCUUGAGCAACAGCAGGCUUUACUGAUGCAACAGCAGGCCGAGCCGCAACCACAGGUUUUGCUACAGCAGCAGCAGAUGGAGCAGGCUGCAGCUGUGGUCCAGCAUCACAGUGGACCCCAGCAUAUUGAGAAAAUCGACCCUGUGUCCGCACAACUCCCAAAUGAACAGCAGGUGAUGCAGCAGCAGAUAAGUCAGCAGCCAUCAUGUGUUGUCCAACAGCAGACAGCGGUGCCUCACCAGCUGCACUCAAGCCUCACUCAGCAGCAAAUAGAGCAGCAACAGCAGGCAUUGGGCCUGAUACAGCAACAGCAAGCUCUGCUCUCCCAGCAGCAGCAGCAGCAUAGAGGCUCCGUGGUGGAGGCUCAGAUCUCUGGCAUUGUUCAAGCAGCCCCAGCAGAGGUCACAGCUCAAGUCCCAGGACAGGUUCAGGCUGCAGCUCACAUUCAACCGCAGGUUCCACUCCAGGCUGCUGUCCAGCCUCAAAUCCAUCCGGUACCAAUCCAGAGCCACGGGGAGAUCCACCUUCAGAACCAAGGGCACACCAUCUCGCAAGUGCAGCCGCAGGCAUUUAUACCAACCCAGAUGCAAGCAGCCUCUCAACCAAUGGCUCAGCCUCAAGUGAGCCAGCCCCAGGUUCUCCUCCAGUCUACCCAAGUGCAGGCCCCCAUGCCGACCCAGGUAGCACUGCAGCCACAGAUACAAGCUCAAGCAUUUGCUCAGACCCAUGCAGCCCCUCCGAUGCAGCCUCAGGGACAGGUGUUGCCAGUCCCUGCUCAAAUUUUGUCCGUGGCACCUAUGCCAGGGCCCAUCCAACUUGACCAGACAGUGGCCCCCAGUGUGUCGAUGCCCACACCAAUACAAACACAACAACAGGCCCCUGUUGCAACAUUGCCAUCACAGUACGCCCAAGCAGCGCAGCCAGUGCAAUCAGCAAUGCAGUCAGUCCAAUCAGACCUCACCCAAUCCAUGCUACAACAACCGGUGAUGCAGUACCAACAAAUGAUGCUGUCUCCAGGGGCGAUCGCUGCUGUUGUCACGACAGCACCCACAGUCGGCCCUGCUUCCAUAAGCACAACGCAACAAUUUGCACAGCAGGGUAGUCAGACACACAUCCAGAGCCAGGUACAGCCGCAGCACGUCAUCCAAGCCCAGCAUCAGCCCCUGAACACAGGCAUGCCCUCAGUGGCGCAGCCCCUGCCUCCGGUACAGCCCAUGGCAACACAGCAGUAUGAGCCUCCACAGCAGCUGCAGCCAGCUCCACAGGUCCCGCAGCAGCAGCAGCAGAUACUUCAGACGGCUUCAGCAGCGCAGCCUUUCAUGCAGCAGCAAAGCAUCCCCACGCAGCAUGCUGUGGUUCCCCAAGAGCUCCCCUGUCAGCCCCAGCCCCCUCCCCAGCCAACACCCCAGCCCUCUACCCAGCCAACGCCCCAGCCCUCUACACAGCCAACGCCCCAUCCCUCUACACAGCCAAUGCCCCAGCCCCCUACACAGCCCCUGGCCCAUCCCAGAGUUCUCCCUCUGUAUAGUCAGGUUGUUGCAGGCGCUCAACCACCAUCCCCUCAACACCAUGUCCCCCAGGCCACUCUGCCUGCCCACACGCACACUCAGACCAGCGGUCAGACCCAGACCCACACCCACACCCAGACCCACUCCCACUUCCACACGCAGACGCUCGUGGAGCCAGGAGCGGGAUCCGAGCAGCCUCUUUAUCCACACACGGCCUUCCCGCCUCAGCAGUUACCCCAGAGUCCAUCUCGUGCCACCGCUUAUCUCCCCACCACUCUGCCGGCCCCUCACCCUGCUGUCCCUGCCCCCGAGUGCCCUGGCCAAGCUGAGGUACCCACGGCCCAGCUGGCGGUGACUGACGUGGUCCCCACAUCCCCAACUUCUGCCACUGCUUUCCAGACCCUCGGCUCUAACGGUCCCUCGCUGCCCCCAACCUCUCUAGCAGAAUGUGACCCCGCUCUGCUGGGUAUUGCUCAGGAGAGUCAAGGCCAGUUUGUCAACAAACAUACAUCAUCUGGCUCUGCCCCGGCCAAUGGAGAAGAAUCUCAACUGUUGUGGGCCAAUGGAAAACUGGUUGAUAGGUUGAAGGCACAGAGGAGAUCAUCCUAUCAGAGGACAGACAAGACGACUCAUUUCCAGCUAACCAUGAUGCAGGUGUCCAACACUGGAGACAACUUGGUGGAAUGCCAGCUGGAGACUCACAGUAACAAAAUGGUCACCUUCAAGUUUGACGCUGAGGGUGACGCACCAGAAGAUAUUGCAGAUUACAUGGUGGAGGAGGACUUUGUCCUUGAAUCGGAGAAGGUGAAAUUUGUUGAGGACCUAAGGACCAUAGUAAAGAAAGCUCUGGAAAUCCUUCCAACUCAGUCACAGACAGGGUCAAUGGAACAGCUGCAUGUGAGCACCCCAGGAGGUUCAUCAAUGGAUUCCGCCCCACAAGCAUCUCCAGUGGGCCGCUGGCGAUUCUUCAUCAACCAGACAAUCCGGCAGCGGGACUCUCAGUCAAACCAGGGAGCCUCCACGCCGCCCCCAUGUGGAGAGAGCCGGUCCCUACAGACUGUCGAGUCUGACAAAGAUCGCGAGGGAUCGCAGCGGUCCGAGUCCUUCUCUGGGAUAGCCUCCCCUCCCUGCCCUGUGCUGUCUGCCUCCUCCCCUCCGAUCUCCACCAUGUCUGCCCCUGCCUCUAUAUCUGCCCCUGCCUCUAUAUCUGCCCCAGCCACUGCCGCCCCUGCUCCUGACACUACUGCCUCGGACUCGAUCUCUGCCCCAGCUUCUGCAGUAGUUCACCACCUCCCCCCAGCCUCUGCUGCCUGCGACACGCCAGCUGUCCUCCCCGUAGCCGUACCUGACCAGGCCUCCGGUAGCACGAGCUUAGCCCGCGUGCCCGCCGCUGUCCUGCCUGGCCAGAUCAUAGUCCCGGUCAGUGCCCCUCUGUCUGCUGCUGAGGCUGUGGUCACUCCUGCCUCCAGCAUAGGCUCGUCCAUCGGGCUCGGGGUGGCCGAAGCCCCCCUAGGGCAGUGCAUGUCCGAGGGGGAGCAGCGUACGUCGCUGUCCUCCUCCUCCAGUCAUGCUCCUUCUCCAGCUCCCCCGGUCAGCCACGCUGGCCUCCCGCCAGAGCGAGCGCAAGCCCUUCCGCAGGGGCCAGCUGUUCAGCCAGUCCAGCUCCCUGUGGCGGCACUGGAGCCGACUCCUUACGCUCAGCAGGCAGCGCUGCAGCUUCAAAUGCAACAGCAGCUUCUAUUACAGCAACAGGUCCUGCAGCAGCAGCAGCAGCAGCAACAGACAAUCCAGCAGCCUCUCCCAGCCCAGACCCAGCCCCAGCCCCAGCCCCAGCCUGCUCUCACAGGGCAGGUAAAGCCUGCUGUGGCACAGGAGCUCAAGCCACAGUACACCCCGCCCUUACAGAUGCAGCAGCCUCUGUUGCAGAAAGUGCAGCAGCAGCAGCAGCAGCAGCAGCAGCAAGUGGUCCUGCAGCCAGGCCCGCUAGCCCAGCCACAGCCACAGCUGCAGCAGGCCCCCCCUGAGCAGCUGCAGUCCCUUCAGCAGCAGCAGCAGCAGCAGCAGCAGCAGGCGGUGCAGCUUCCGCCCCAGCCGCAGCUCCUACAGCAGCGGGUUCAGCCCAGCGCAGAGCAGCUGCAAGCGCAGGCGCAGGCGCAGGCUCAGCUCCAGCAGCCUCUUGUGCAGCCGCAGGCGCAGAUGCAGCAGUUUGUUCCAGAGCUGCAGCAACAGCAGCAGCAGCAGCAGCAGCAGCAGCUCAGGCCACAAAUUCAGCAGCCCCCCGUUCAGCAGCCGCUGCCCCUAGAGCAGACCCCCCAGCAUACAGUCCAGGCCCAGCUGCCACUGUCCCAGCCCUCACCCCUAGAGCAGCAGCAGCAGCAGCCCAUGCCGCAGCCCGUGCCUCCAGCCCCCCAGCCUCUACAGAAGCAGCCCUCCUUCCAGCAGUCCGAGUCGGAGCUCUCCACAGGCGAGGCCAGCGUUACCGAUGACCCCUCGGGCUACCAGCACGCGCCCCAGGUGCCGCCCUCGUCCUCCGACGCCUCUCUGCCCCAGCUGCCCCUCAGCUCGUCUGAGGCCGCUCCGCUCCCGGCGCUGACCCACACGCUCACCCCUUCCCCCGCCCAGCCGUCCUCGGUAGCCGAGUCCGACAGCGAAGGGCCGCCCAAAAUCGAGUUUGUGGACAACCGCAUAAAGACCCUGGACGAGAAGCUGAGGAACCUGUUGUAUCAGGAGUACAGUGGUGGCGGCGGCGGAGGGGCGGCGCCCGGUGGAGUUGGGGGCGGAGCCUCCGCAGGCUCCUCUGCUGUCCCCGGCAACGCCUCCUCCUCGUCGACCGGAGCGGCGGCGCUCUCGGCCUCGGCGGGUGGGGAGGAGUCGUCGGAGCCCCAUUCGCUCCCCGCCGUCGCUCCCUCCUCCUCCUCCUACCCCCCAGCCUCCUCCUCCUCUGACACCUCCCCUCACUCCUCCACCUCCAGCACCUCCUCCACCACCCCGCGCUCCUCCUCCACCUCCCCUGACCUGGACAGGGCCCGCCACGCGGACCGAGCUCAGCAGGCCCUGGCCAGCCCUCCUGCUUCCGCUGCCGUUGCCCCUGUGGAGCACCAGCCUGCCCCCUCCUUCUCCUCCUCCUCCUCCACCCCUCCCUGCUCCCUCCUGUCUCCCCCACAUGGACAGGCAGCUGUGCCUCCUCCAAGUGAACCCAAAGUUCCCGCUGCCCCCCCCCUCUCUGACAGGAGUGCUUCGGGAGACGUCUCGUGGCCCCCGGCCCCCGCGCCGCCGCAGAUCCCCAUCGGCCCCGGAGCCCCGUCGCAGCACAAUGCAGGAGGUGGAUAUUUUGGCCUAAACCUGACAUGUCCUAGUAUCAGAAAUCCCGUUAGCAAGAAAUCCUGGACUCGCAAAUUCAAAAGCUGGGCGUGCAAACUGCGCCACUCCGCCAGCUUGUUCAAGAAGCCCAGAGUCCAGCAAGAUGGGAACUCCAGCAGUCCGGCUGCGAAGGAGGAGAGAGAGAGCGUUGGCAAGGUCCCGCAGCAGUCGUGGCGCGGGCGUUUCCAGGUCACUCCAGUACCCCAGGCCUCUGAACCCUCUCCCCCCAGCACUACUCCUGCCAGCCAGGGCAGCAGGCACAGGAAAGUGGGGCGCUUCUCCGUCACCCAGGCCGAGGCCAAGGCCGAGCGCCAGACGGACAGCUCGCCGGUCUCUCCUGACCUGGAGCUCGGCGAGAGGAGGAGGGCAAAGAGCGAGAGGGACGAGGGCAAGAGGACGCCCGUGCCCCCUCACCACCAGGCCCGAGUGCACGCCCACUCGCCACUGGUCAGCAGCGACGAAGAGAGCGAGCUGGAGGACGAGGAGCUGCGGAGAGAGCUACACAAGCUCCGAGAAAAGCACAUCAAAGAGGUGGUGUCCCUGCAGGCGCAGCAGAACCGUGAGCUGCAGGACCUCUACAGGCAGCUGCGCUCCCUCAAAGACAGCCCCCAGCCUCUGCCGCUGGCGCGCACCCCGCCACUGCCCUCCUCGCUGCCCCCCGCCAUCUCCCCACGCCGGCCCCGGCCGGCCAAGACCAAGCUGCGGACCAGACCCCACUCCCACCUGGACAACAACGGGGUUACACACGCUGGCAUCCAACAGUCCAGUAGUUUCUCGGCCGGGGAGCAGGGCCAGCUUGCUCCGGCCCAGAGCCCAGCCAAUAAGAAGAGCACAUUUACAGAUGAGUUGCACAAGCUGGUAGACGAUUGGACGAAAGAGACGGUGGGCGUCGCCCAACCCAAACCCUCGCUCAAUCAGAUCAAACAGAUCCAGCAGGAGCAAGAAUUAGGUGGCUGGAAUCAACCUACCGAGAUUCAGCAGGCUGCCCCACCAGGCUGGUUCUCCGUGACCCCCCUGAGCCCGCAGCCAGUUGCACCCAGCGCAGGCCUCCCCACCAUGGCCCCCUCCCAGUACCCCAGCGCGGGCCACCUCCCGCCCCAGGCCCCACCCCAGCCGCCGGCGCCGCCCCACGUGCCCCUGGUGGCCCCCCUACAGCUCCCCCCGCCAGGCCUCCACCUGCCGCCGUUGCAGCCGCUGCCCUUCCAGCCGCCGGCGCCCGCGCCGCUCCACCCGCUCCACCUGCAGCUGCGCCCCGGCCCUGUGGCCCUGGGCCAGCCCCCGCUCCCCAUCGCGCCCCUGCAGAUGCCACCCCCCGCACAGAUGCCACCCCAGAUGCCACCCCAGAUGCCUGCCUUACCCACCGGUGUGCCCGCCAGCAGGCCGCCGCCGCCGCCGGGCCCCUGCUGCUCCACCACCACCCCCUCCACUCAGACCUCUGUGGCUGCGCCGCUGAUGCCUGGCACGGGCGCCCCCUCGGCCGCCGCCACUGUCGUCAGCGCCGCGGCCACCUCCGCUGCCGGGGCGCCUCCGGUCGGCGGCCUGGCCCCGGCGCCAGCCUUCUGCUCCUGCGUCUCCUCCUCGCCCUCCCCCUGCUCCUCCUCCUCGUGCUCCUCCUCCGCUUUGCCUUCCAGUGCCAAAUUACACCCUACACCCCCCAACUCCACCCUCCCACUGGGACAACAGUGAACACGUGACAAACAGGGAAAAGUGAAGGAGGGAAGUCCAAGUGGGACACAAGCAUGUGGUUGAGAUGGAGAGAGGUAGAUGUCAAUGGCCACAUAGGGUGGAGGUCGAGAGGUCAACAAAAAUGAUUUUGUGUCAAGGUCUUAUUUUUCAUGAAGAAUACUGAGAAAACAAAAAAGAUCCCUAUGGAUAACUUCAGUGAAAAGUCAAAAGAAUGUGAGAAGCUGAAGGUGCUUAAUCUAGUGUACAGAAUGUACAGAUUGGUGGAAAUGCAAGGGACAGUUAUGAGUGUUGCUGUGCACGGGUGUUGGGGUGUAUAAAUUAUGUAGUGUGUGUGUGUGUGUCUGUGUGUGUGUGUGUUCACCUUUUUUCUCCCUAAUACAUAUCCUUUUUCUGUGACUUUGGCACUGUCAAGUUUUACAGCCAACCUAGUUGGACCUAAGCUCUCUCAAGAUGUGAAGGAGAUGAGAUGUUUGACAUAAAUUAAUAUUCGCUUUUUUGUUGUUGUUUUUAAUUUAUCAACGCUUCUAAGGACUAUUUGAAUUCUGAGGAAAAAAAAGUGCAAUUAGUACCUGUUCUCUGAACCCAUUUUUUCUGUGUUGUUGUGAUGUGUGUCUGUGUGUCAGAGGAAAAUAUUUUCGGUACAGCCUAAGCACGGAUACAACAACCAGAUGUUAACUAGCAAAGCCGGCAUCAUCAGCGUCAAUAGCACAAACAGUCUCGUCAGACUGUGAGAUAUUACAACAGUCGCAACAGCAGCAUGUCACCGCGCCAGCAUGGUAAUAUUACCUGGCAACCAUCACUAGCUACUGUAACUAGCCCAACCCCAAACACUGUUGUACAGUGCUGUGCACGGACAAGGCAUGUGACUCGUAUUAUAUUUUGCAUUGAUAAAUAGAGGUAACCUUUUAGAUUAGGUUAGGAUGGAUUUACAUUUUUUUGAUAAAAUAACAAAAAACAGCUGUCAACAAUCUUAAGUUUUAAGUCAAUCCAGUACAUUGUAAUAGGCUCAGCGUGAAUAUCCUCUUUCUUCAACUGACUUUAAAUUAAUGUGAUUGCAGAUGAUACUUCCUUUCUCUGAUUUCAGAUCAUUUUUUUCAACAGACAAAGUUUACAGAUUAACAUAGAUUCCAUUGUUUUGGAAUUCAAAAUGAGAGUUUUAUUUGAGCACUUUCCCAAUAUGACAUACUGUAGGUAAACUUACGUGAAAUCAGAAUUGCACAUCCAUACAAAAUCUGACUCAACUGUGGUGAUGAGUCAGUCCGAUAAAUCAGUCUGCAUAUUCAUUAGGCAAAAGGUAUUUUCUUCCACAAAUGAAACAUUUCAUUUCAUGUCGUGACAUGGGUGAAGGAGAGAUUAAUAAAACUGCCAAGUGGAUUUAAAAAAGGGGGAACCAUUGACAUGGGCUAUCCCUAUAUUGCCUUUUAGAGUUACUACAUUGAAGAUGUAUUUUUUUCUUUUGUGUGAUAAAGUUACUGUAUGUAUGUACUAUUGUACUGCAUUACUUCUAUCGCCAUGGUAAUCACCACAGCAACCAGCCUCCCAGUAACGCACAGCAGCACCAGACACUGUGUCACAUCCUUGUUUACACCCCGUCUGCUUCUGUCAAUCUUUCGCAAAGAGAACCCAGACAAAGUGCACAACAGGACAACAGCUCAAGACGGGCCACACAUACACAUGACCUGUGCACAGACAGACCGGUGCUGUGGUCAAAGGAAGCAAUGCCUGUCAAACAGAGAUGAAGCUUACCUACCCCAAGCGUGCUUGUGAAUGUUUAAAUAAUUGAAUUGGAAUGAUGAAAAAAAUGUCAGAUUUGCAAUCUAGCGGAGGCCCCUCUAUAUGUGUGCAUUUGGUUCUUAUGAAGCUGUUCAGAGAGAAUGAUGAGUCUGAUGAAGAGAGGUUGCCUGUCAAACAGUAUGUUUUGUGUCAUGUGCUAAGAAAGUGCUCAGAGAGAGGAAGUGAGAGAUUUUAUGUGUGUGAAAGAGAGAGUGAGAAGGAGAGAGAGAGAGAUAAGUGCAUUCGAUUCGUUAUUGUGGAGCCAUCCAGUCCGUGGUAAUGCUUGAGCCUGUGGAUGUUUAUCCAGAAAAAAAGAUAAAGAGAAACCUUAUGAGUACCGAGGCUUUUAACUUUUUUCAGUAUAUCAGUGUUGGAUUUUUUUCUUCAACAAAACAACCUACAUUUCUACAGUAAACUAUGGCACAUUGUGAGUGGUGGUAAGCUACUGUGCUGUCGAGUCAAACACUAACCGGUUGACCACGUCAAUGCUUUGCUAUUUACGACAGAGGAAGUCGGAACUCACCCUAUCCUGAAGUGUUACCAAAAUGUAAUCUAAAAAGAGAAGCAUUAUUUUUGUAUUUUGAAAUGGGGUUGUAAAAAAUGUAAAAUUGUGUACUGAUGAUCAGUGUUGCAAAAAGCUGAGGUUAUCUGGCACUUUGAAGACAUUGGUUCUCAACCAUGAUGAUGGGGCUUCCCUUGGAUACAUAGCAAAAGUGCUUUCAACUUUGAGCCAUUUCAGUGUGAAAAUUCCCAGUUUAACUGUGAGAGGAACAAUUUUAAUUCAGUUCGAGAAAUCAUGGAAGGACAUUAGCAUUUCUCUCACAUAUUUAGCAUUUAAAUCUUCUGAUUGUUGUGCCAAGGGGACCCCAGAGGUACUUGUGUGAGCUCCAAUGAUUCAAGGUUAUUUGAACAAAAUACAUCUAGAUGACUAAAAAUUUUAUUGCUGGUGAUUUAGCCACUGUACAAUUGUAACUAAUUCAAUUGUUGAUUUUAUUUAUGUUUUGUAACUAAUCAAAAUAAAAGAUGGUGUAAAACAUU